CAAUGAUCAGUUGAAGGAUAGCAACUCCACAGAGAAGAGAGCGGUUCAUCCAUUGUUGCACUGCAGAGGACAGACUCACAAACACAGAGACAACAUGAAAGCUGCCGCAGCCUUCUUGCUGGUGCUGGGUUGCCUGGCUGUCAGUCAUGCAUGGAGAUGCAGCGAGGCUCCUCGGCUGUCCUACGCCUUACAGAUUGACGCUGGAAUGGGAAUGGUGGUUGCAACAGACGCUUACAGGCGGGCCUAUUUCCUGAGCGGACGGUCCUGGUACAGACUGGGCACAACUGCCCUCAAGCAUGUCUCAGUGGGACCUGCAGGAACGUGGGGGACUGACACCUCAAACAGGGUCCACAAAUUGGUCGCUGGAAACUUUAAACGAUCAACUGGUCUGACCAUGCAGCAGGUAGAUGCUGGUGGUGCUGGGCAGCUCGUCGGGUCAAGGCCCUCCAACUAUCUCGCCUACUGUCUGAGAGAGCAGUAUGCUUUGCCAUACACUGGAGUGGGCGGUAUCGGCUGGUCUUACCUUUCAAGAGCCCUGAAGUACUUUAGCUGUGGCCCACUGUACGGAUGCUGGGGAGUUGACACAAGUUCCCGUGUUUUUCUCACUAGGGCAAUGGCACCAACCACCUGCAGGACCAGUGGCUGGAUCUACGUGUCAGGGAUUGCAAUGAAAAUGGUUGAAGUGGGGACAGACGGAAACGUUUUUGGAGUUAGCACAGCCGGCAAGCUCUACCAAAGACUUGGAAUCAGCUCAAGGAGCCCCCAAGGCACAACUUGGAGGUUGGUCCCGAUGUGCAUGACCGUCCAGCACGUGUCCUAUGACCUGCGCCAGCUCUGGGUCGUCACCACCUCUCGCAUGGUCAUGACAUGCAUCCACUAAUGUCUUGAGUGUGGCAGAUGAUGAAUGAGCACCGAUCUCUGUUUGUCUCGGCUUUCAUCCGUUUAUGUCUUUCUUUUCUUCGGAUGAUUUGAUUUGUUUCUCUUAUUUUUCUCCUCUGCUUAUUUCAGCAUCAAUACAGGAAAUCUAUUAUCAACAUUAUCAAAAAAAAUUGUAGGUUAUGAGCACAUUUCAAAAGUAUGUAAUGUAAAUUGCAUCAGGCAAAAUGUUAUUUGAAAAACUAAAUCAAUUGAAUUUCUAGACAAACAAAUGUGUAUAUGAAUCUUAAGGUUGCAAUGUGUUUUUUUCUGAAGAAUCCCCAGCAUGUUGAACCUCUUCCCAUUACAUCAGAUAGUUGCCCUCCAAUUAAAUAGUUGUGCUCUAGUGAAUGUGUUAUUUUAAAGAAAGAAAAAUGUAAACAUUGUUGGAUCCUCCAAACAAAAUGUAACAAAGAACUGUAACUUUGCUGAAAAGCUCUCUUUUAGGGUCUGUGUGGUUUAAAUAUUUCUUCAACUCAAUGUUCAAAUUGCAAAAUCAAAUAAAAAGUUUCAUAGCAGAACAA